GAAACCGAGGGCAAAGCAGACACCUGACUGGCCAGGGUGACUGUCAUCAGAUGCCUCUCAGCUCCCUUGAACAUUUUCCUGUUACUGCUUCAAGCUGGAAGUUACAUAAUUUCCAGUGACAUUAAUAAGUAACAGCUUUUUGGUAACAAUACUGUGUGUGUGAGGCGAGGGUAGGCAGCAGCGAGAUGUGGAGAGAGUUAAAUAGCCCAAUCAGAGGCGCCCCAGGAAUGCAGAGUCCUCGACCUUGGCAGCACUGGCAUCUCUGCAGUCCCAAGAGCUCAAGCGGGGUCACGCCGGCUGCUGGAGACUUAAAUGACACCAAGCAAAGCCUACUUAGUUUAGAUUUCCAGGAACUGGAUGGUGAAAAAGCAAGCAUGAAGUUUACAGGUUUGUUUUUUCUUCUGAUUAUCAUUUUUCAAAUUGACUUUGGACAAAAUGAAGAAACUCCUAGGAAGCAAAGGAGGAAGAUGUACUACGGAAGAGUGAGGAAAGGUUCCUCGCCCACCCACAGAUCCAGCAGACAGCUUGGAAUUCAGCACACGAGGGUGGCCACACCAGCAGCAGCACUCCCCGUGGUUAACCUGGAUUACAGCACAGAGGAAAAGUCUGAAUCCUUUUCAAGUUUUCUUGGAGUAGAAUCAAGCUAUAACGUGUUACCAGGAAAGAAGGGACACUGUUUGGUAAACGGGAUGACCAUGUACAACCAAGCUGUGUGGUCUCCCGAGCCCUGCACCACCUGCCUCUGCGCGAAUGGGAGAGUGCUUUGUGAUGAAGCCAUGUGCCACCCGCAGACGUGCCCCCAAACAGUCACACCUGAAGGAGAAUGCUGCCCAGUCUGCUCUGAUACUGGAGCCUCCUAUUCACUGCCCAGUAUACCAUCCAGUACAGCACUAAAUGAUAGAACUGAAUUUUCUGGUGAUUCUUCAGAACAAAGACAACCUACCAAUUUACUUCAUAAGCAACUGCCAGCUCCUCAGGCGGAAACGGGCCAAGCAUUGAGAAAAGAGGAAUUUCAAUUUGAGGAGGAUGAAGAAGAAACUAAACAAGAUGAAGAGAGGGAGCAAAAGAAAACGAGCCCUGGACCUGGAGAUCAGGGGAGGCUUCCCAACGAGGGGCACAGCAGAGUCGGGGGAGCACUGAGACCUGGACAGGAGGGGAGGUGGGCCCGUCCACACGGAUACCCAGUGAGGGAGGAGGAGGACGACGAAGACCAGGAAGACGAGGACGAGGAGGAGGAGGAUGACGACACCAUCAGGGGAGAUGUGUUCAGGACGCCCUCUCGACACCCAGGCCCUGCUCCUCCCAGAGGCAUGCCAGCUCUGCCAAGCAGGUGCUCUCUGUCCUACAGGACCAUCAGCUGCAUCACUGCUGGCCUCACACAGAUACCGCCGCUGACAGCGCCAGGGAUAACAAGCCUGGAGCUCGUUGGCAAUUCCAUCACCUCCAUUCCAGAUGAAGCAUUCAAUGGGUUACCGAAUUUGGAAAGGCUUGAUCUGAGCAAAAAUAAUAUCACCUCUUCAGGCAUAGGUCCAAAAGCAUUCAAGCUUCUGAAGAAGUUAAUGCGCCUGAAUAUGGAUGGAAACAAUUUGGCAGAUAUUCCAUCAGAACUACCACCCACGUUAGAAGAGCUUAAAAUCAGUGAGAACAACCUUCAGGCCAUCGAGGAAGGAAGUCUGUCAGACUUAAAUCAAUUGGUCACCUUAGAACUGGAAGGAAACAAUCUCAGUGAAGCCAAUGUCAACCCUUCAGCUUUUAAACCUUUGAAGAGCCUAUCUUACCUGCGUCUGGGAAGAAAUAAAUUUAGAAUUAUACCACAGGGUCUUCCUGCUUCUAUUGAGGAAUUAUACCUAGAAAAUAACCAAAUUGAAGAAAUAACUGAAAUUUGUUUUAAUCAUACCAGAAAGAUCAAUGUCAUUGUACUACGUUAUAACAAAAUUGAAGAAAACAGGAUUGCUCCUUUAGCCUGGAUAAAUCAAGAAAAUCUAGAAUCAAUUGACCUCUCCUACAACAUGCUCUACCACGUGCCCUCCUAUCUCCCCAAGUCUCUGCUGCACCUCGUGCUCAUUGGGAACCAGAUCGAGCGCAUCCCUGGCUAUGUGUUUGGCCACAUGGCACCAGGCCUGGAAUACCUGUACCUGUCAUUCAACAAACUCACAGACGAUGGCGUGGACCGAGUCUCCUUCUAUGGAGCAUACCAUUCUCUGCGAGAACUGUUUCUGGAUCACAAUGACUUAAAAUCUAUACCACCUGGGGUACAAGAAAUGAAAGCACUACAUUUUCUGAGGCUGAACAACAACAAGAUACGGACUAUUCUUCCAGAACAAAUUUGCAAUGCUGAAGAAGAUGAUGAUUCAACCCUGGAACAUCUUCAUCUUGAAAACAAUUAUAUUAAAACAAGAGAAAUAUCACCCUAUGCAUUUUCAUGCAUAAGAUAUUAUUCAAGUAUUGUUCUUAAACCACAAAAUAUUAAGUAAUUCCAAGUUUUCCUUUGUCAUUUAUAAACUGUACUCAUAUAUUUGUUGCAGUAGCAAUUUUUCAUCAAUAAGAGAAACAUAAUGUCAUGUUACACUCGGUAUAAUUGUGCUAGUCAACCUGAUUCACCAGCCCACAGCUGAACAACAAAACCCACGUCUACCAGGUUCAGGCACCCAGCAGUUAGGGUUUCAGUUGCACUCUGCAAAGCCAUCUCACUGCAGAGGUCUCCUCACGAGAAGAGGACAUUACGCACUGCUGAGCUGACCAGGAGAAUGGGGCAGAAAAUAAGCAUGUCCUUUACAAUAGAACUGAGUAUUGCUAUUAGCUGGGAACUCCCAAGGUUCCUUUAGAAAUUAUGUACGUUAUGGUUCAAGAUCAAGAAGUGUACAGCAGGAAGAAAAUAAAAGGUAGAAUUUAUGAAACAGUAUUUAGUUUAUCAUUCUACUGUUAAAACAACAAUUUUCUAAUUUUCUGUAAGACCCUAGGCUACAAUUAUUGGUAUAAAUACACUUAAUAAUUGGCUUAACUUUAAUUGCUUCUAUUAAUUACAUGUGUGAAACUAAAACACUAUUGUAAUGUUAACUUCCCGGUUUUGAAAACUGUACUAGAGUUAAGUACAUGGUUAUUACCAUCAGGUGAAGCUGGGAGAAGGGUAUAUGUGAUUGAACACUAUUUCGAAACUUUUCUGUAAGUCUAAAAUUUCUGUGUAAAUCUAGAAAGUUUAACAGUAUUUUAAGAUCGUCCUCAUUAUUCUUUACUCAAGAUCAAAAGAUUUUGGGGUUUUUUUCGUGAAGAAGAUGGUCUCUGAGCUAACAUCCAUGCCAACCUUCCUCUACUUUGUAUAUGGGAUGCUGCCACAGCAUGGCUUGACAAGCAGUGUGUAGCUCCACACCUGGGAUCUGAACCUGUGAACCCUGGGCCACCAAAGCAGAGCAUGCGACCUUAACCACUACGCCACCAGACUGGCCCAAGAUCACAAGAUUUUAAUGACAGCAGUGGAGUUCGCUUAAAAGUAUGAGUUAAUUAUCCUUGACUAUAACCUUGUAAAUGUAAACCUAACACAUGAAUUUUUGAAAAUUUUUGCUCCACUGGUCAUUGUUAGCACCUAUCUUCUUCACCCUAAUUUGCUUUAAUGGAUCCUUUUACUCAGUUCAAUUUAACAUACAGCUAUUAGUAUUUACUAUGUACUAGAACUUACCAAAACCACAUAUUAAAAUUUGUUACAUAAUGAUCUUUUAUUUUUAUUUCUAAAAUAAUUUAUAAAAGACACAUAUAGAAACUAUGCUGACUUCUUUUGU